AUAACGUUUAGGCACGGCGUGUGGCGCGGCGCACGGCGCGAGUGUAGGGAACGUUGGCCGUGGGGACUUUCGGCGUUAUAUAUCAGUGUGUGUUUAAAGCCUGUAGACCGUUUGCCGAAGGAUUUGUCAGUUUUUAAGAGGCAGUUACUUUUGUACUGAACCCGCUGUGCCUAACGCUACACUUAUCGUCCUCAAAGAUCGCUAAACAUCGUGCUUGAAGAUGUCGAUUGGUGUGCCCAUCAAGGUCCUCCAUGAAGCCGAGGGUCAUAUAGUGACACUUGAAAGCAACACUGGUGAAGUUUACAGAGGAAAGUUGAUUGAAGCAGAAGACAACAUGAAUUGUCAGAUGGCCAACAUCACAGUAACAUACAGAGAUGGGAGAGUUGCGCAGUUGGAAAACGUGUACAUACGGGGAUCAAAAGUUCGUUUUCUGAUUCUGCCUGACAUGUUGAAAAAUGCUCCCAUGUUCAAAAACUUCAAGGGACAAAAGGGACCUACUGGAGGGGCAGGCAGAGGAAAGUCAGCCAUUCUCAGAGCUCAAGCUGCGCGUGGACGUGGCCGCUCUGGCGGCUUCCGCGGCCGGGGCGGCUGGGGCGGAGGACGCCGCAAGUGAGCCGUCCGGC